AUGGGAUAUUGGUUGACGAUUGAGGACGUCCUGUCCAUCAGCGGUGGGAGUUUCUUCUUCCUGGUUGCAGUUGCAGUCUACGUGCUUCUCAACACUAUUCUGGCGGGUCUACGAUCGCCCCUGGGCCAUGUCCCAGGCCCAUGGCACACUCGGUUCUGUCGAUGGAGACUGAAGGCAAGUCGGCUAACCGGAACUCGAAUGACGUAUGUCUACAAUCUUCACCAAAAAUACGGCAAGCUGGUUAGAGUUGCCCCCAAUGAGAUCUCAUGCGUUGAUCUUGAUUCGGUCAUCCGGGUGUAUAAGAUCGGUGGCGGUUUCGAGAAAGCGCAGUGGGUUGGCGAUUUUGCUGAAAGGCUCCCGGCGCUCUCUCUUUCCUUUCUCACCAACAAGCAGGAAGCGAAAGAGCGACGAAAGUUGCUUCAACGCUCCUUUACACUUGCGUCUCUACGACAAAACUGGGAGAGUGAGAUCCGUCAGAAUGUGGAACUUGCGGUGUCGAAGAUCAAGGAUGAGGCGUUGCGGGGAACUGCUAAUACUCACAAAUGGUGGACUUUGAUGGCUGCGGACAUCAUCAGCCUUCUGUCUUUUGGCCAGUCCUUUGGUAUGCUGGGCUUGGGCAAGACCAAGAGCACGCUUUACAUGCGGGCAAUCGAGACCGCUUUGCUUGGAGCAGUUUUCAAAAGCGAGCUCCCAAUUUUGCACUUCCUCUUCCGACUGAUUCCCAGAUCGUCGCUCCAGACACUUUCUCGCUGCCUCGACCAGUGUGAUGCAGCGGGAAAGGAUGGUGUUCAGAAACUUUCUCAACAAGACGAUAAGACAAGAAGCCUGUUCAAAGAAAUGAUCAUUGACUGUGGGAGGGAGGGGCGGCAAUGGCUCAAUGACGAUACUAUGAGAAUAGAGGCAGCAGGGAUGAUGGUCGCUGGGUCAGACACCACUGCCGCAGUUUUGACCUAUCUGAUCUGGUCAGUAUUGAAGCAGGAGGAACUGCAAAGACGACUCGAGGAUGAGGUGUCUCAGCUGGGUGAUGACUUCGAUGACAAGAUCCUGGAAAGCUGCCCUCUUCUCAACGCUGUUAUAGAAGAGACGUUGCGAUUAUACCCGGCGGUUCCAUCGUCUCUACCCCGGACUGUUCCAGAGGAAGGUGCUACUCUGUCGGCUCACUACAUCCCAGCAGGCACAGUGGUUUACAGUCCUGCCUACACCCUUCAUAGAGACCCAGAGAUAUUUCACGAGCCUCAUCGAUUUAAUGCCGAUCGUUUUCUCGACUCGGCGCGGGUAACAUUGCGACAAAGGCAAGCCAUGAUACCUCUCGGAGGGGGAUCCAGGGUCUGCAUUGGCCAGCACUUGGCCAUGAUGGAACUUCGACUUUCUGCGGCGAUCUUUUUUCGGGAAUGUCGGGGGGCGAGGCUCAGCAGUAACAUGCCUGAAGACAGCAUGGAUCUUGUCGACUUUGUCCUUCUCACCCCCAAACGGAGGCGAUGCGACAUUACCCUACAUCUGUGA